CUUGAGCGUUGACCAGCUGUUCAACUGCCUAAUUCCAGUUGUGCCCUCCUGACCGGAAGGGGAAGAAGAAGAAGAAGAAGAAGAACGGGGCGAUUCGGCUCUGCUCCAAUGAGUGGCUUUGGCAGGUCUGCUGGCACCGGUCAAAUCCAGGAGGAUGCGUUGACCCUCUUCCCCUGGUUCUAUUCUUUCACCAUCUCCCAAGGUAGAAGCUAAAUCCCUUCAUCCUCUCAGUCUCAGUUGAAUGGGGAAUGCCAGGAGCAGGAAUUCCGAGUUGAGGCAGUCCAAAGAUUCAUCGCCAGAUGGAGAAGAAGUUGAUGAAGAGUUAUUGUCCGGCAUUCGGGGCACCAGAUUAUACAGUUUUCAGGAGUUGCUUAGGGCAACUGAUAAUUUUAGUUCAAAUAAUAAGAUUGGGACAGGGGCCUUCGGAAGUACAUACAAAGGAGCCCUUCAAGAUGGCACUGUGAUUGCGGUAAAGGUUGUGUCUGGUGGGUCGGCCGAAGGAGAGCGCGAGUUCCUGAAUGAAAUAUCCAUACUUGCAAGAACUGACCAUGAAAACCUGGUUAAGUUUUAUGGUUGCUGUGUCGAAGCAAACCACAGAAUUCUAGUCUUCGAUUAUCUUAAGAAUGGUGACCUGGCACAAGCACUUCUCUGCAGUGGUCCCCGCAGCAUCAAUUUCCCUUGGGAUGUACGGCGUAGAAUUUGCAUUGGUAUUGCUAAGGGUCUCGCUUUUCUUCAUGAUGUAAGAAUUGUGCACAGAGAUAUUAAGGCAGCAAAUGUUCUUCUUGAUGAUGAGCUCAAUCCGAAGAUCUCAGACUUUGGUAUUGCCACAUUUCUCGCUCCUGAUAGGUCUCGUGUGACUGAGCGUGUUGUUGGCACAAUGGGUUACCUGGCGCCCGAGUAUGCAAUGCGUGGUUUGUUGACAUUAGAAGCCGAUACAUACAGCUUUGGUGUUCUAGUCUUAGAAAUUGUCAGUGGGAGAAGACACACAAGUGGGGAAGGAAAAUAUAUUCUUGAAAGGGCUUGGGACCUGCACAAGAUGGGAGAACUGUUGAGCUUGGUUGACAAGGCUAUAAUGGGAGAUUUUGAUAGGGAGGAGGCUUACAAAUACCUGAUAACCUGUCUGCUCUGCACCCAAAAUGAUCUUGAUCUUCGACCAGACAUGUCUACAGUAAUUGACAUGCUGACAGGCAAGAAAGACGUUAGUGGAGAGAGUUUAUUGAGACCGGGUCCCCCCUCACCACAUAUGAGUCCCGGAGCUGAUGAAGGCGAAAUGUUGGAAUCUGAUUAUUCAUAUUCGCCGGGAUCAAUAAGCUCAGCUAGCCUUCAUUUUUCCGGUCCAUUAUGGACACGUGAAAAGGAUGGUUGUCCGUCAUUGAUGUACUCCAAAGAAGUCAAGAGCUCAUAUCCAGAUUCGACUGCAAGUCUGAUAACUGUGUUCACUUAUAAGAAAAUGAAGAAAAUUACCGGGAAUUUUAAGCAGAGUAUCUCGGCAGGCCAUCACAGAAUCUUUUUGGGGUUUAUCUCUAAGGAAUUGCCAGUGGCCUCUGAGCCCCUUCAAGUUGCUGUGAAGACUUAUGAUGGUGAUGAUAGACUUUAUCAAGACAAGGACAAUUGGCUUGCACAAGUCAGUCUUUUUGAGAAGCUUUCUCAUCCAAAUUUGGUGCAACUGAUUGGGUAUUGCUAUGAAGCUAAACAUCGGAUCCUGAUGUACAAGUACAUGGCCCGUGGUAGCCUGGCAGAUAAUUUAUUUUCAAAAGAACAGAGCCCACUAUCGUGGGAUGUUAGAAUGAAGAUCGCAAUUGAUGCUGCAAUAGGACUUGCUUAUCUCCACAGGAGUGAGAGACCUGUCAUCCAUCGCAACAUUAAGCCAUCAAAGAUUUUGUUAGAUUCGGACUAUAACGGAAAAAUCUUUGGCUUUGGCCUUGCGACUGCUGGACCGGAAGGUUAUGAAUCUGAAAUUUCCGAUAUAGUAGUUGGAACACUGGGAUAUAUUGCACCAGAGUAUUUUCGCACAGGGAGGGUAUCCGCUAAAAGUGAUGUAUACAGUUUCGGAGUUGUCCUUGUUGAACUUAUUUCUGGAAGAAAAUGGAGGGAGUUAUUGUUAGAAAAACCGGGUGGUCUUGUAGAAUUGACUCGAGAGUUUCUUGAAGAGGAGAGAAGUUUACAUGCACUUAUGGAUGCACGAUUAAAAGAAAAUUAUCCUAUUCAAGGAGCCAAAGAAGUUGUAAAGUUGGCGAAAAAAUGCUUGGAUGAGAACCCGCAGCAAAGGCCUUUUAUGAGAGAGAUAGUUGAUUGCUUGAAUUGUCUUCCAGAACACGGCACAUCGAGUCUUGUUGGUGGUCUUAAGACAGUUGAAAAGGUACAGAAAGUUGUGAGGAGUUAUGGGUCAACAUCCCAAUCUCAGGCGAUGAAUUUAGGCACUCAGGUAGAAGAUCGGGGUACUAUCCUCAUGCAAGCGGGUUUAAAAUGGACUGAAGCACCAACGCCCGAGAAGUGGCUGAGUGCCGAAGAGAUUUACUUAAUGCAGAGUCAAGUAACUGAGCUACCUGAAGGCCCAAGGUGCCAGACACUCAAAGCACUAUACCUGCACAGGAACUGUAAACUCAGAACGAUUCCUACCUCCUUUUUUGAGUAUAUGCCUGCUCUCCAAGUACUGAACUUAUCCAGAACUCGUAUCAAGACAUUGCCUGAAUCUUUCUUCCAGUUAUUUUCCCUCAAAAAACUUUUUCUAAACCAUUGUGAGCUCCUCACAGUUUUGCCUCCAAAAAUUGGGGAACUCAAACAGCUGGAGGUACUAGAUCUUCAUGGGACAGAGAUAAUUAAUCUACCGGAGGAGGUUGUGAAACUAACCAACCUUGGAUGCCUGGAACUGUCAUUCUGUGGUGACAUUAAGUCUGAAAGGAACGAGAGUGAAUCAAAUGUGUUGUUUCCUGAAGGGACUAUUUCUGCUUUAUCUAAGCUAGAAGAAUUGAGUAUUGAUGUGGAUCCAGAGGAUGAGAGGUGGGAAAGAUCUAUAAAAGCUAUUUUCGACGAAAUUUGUGGCUUGAGGAUGCUAAACACACUUAAGCUAUACGUCCCGUAUGUGGAGCAUCUCAUGAACUUCAAUCUGUACAGUAUGCCAAUUGAUUGUUUCAAGUUUACCGUGGGCCAUCAUGCAAAUCGCAUCAUGUCCCGAUUCCCUCAGGAUCUUCAGUAUGAGCUCGAACAGUGGGACAGAUGCCUCAAGUACGUAAAUGGCGUGGGUGCCCCCACUGAUAUUAAGAAGGUGCUCCACCAUGCAACUGCUUUUUUCUUGGAUCGCCACGCUACUGCGACUAAGCUAUCUGAAUUUGGGAUAGAGAAUAUGCAGCAACUGAAGUGUUGUAUCAUUGGAGAGUGCAAUGAGGUUCGCUACCUCCUUGAUGGGUUUGAUUUCUCCGAGGAAGAGAGCAAUAGCGAGAUAGUAUCCGAAUACACCUUUGCUGGGCAUAGUCUUGGAUCUCUCGAAUUUCUCUAUGUAUAUUACAUGAAGAGCUUAAAAAAAAUAUUCACAGGACCAUACAGAAAAUGCUUUUGUAAUCUCAAAUACUUGACCUUGCAAACAUGUCCACAGCUGGCCAUUAUUUUCACACCGGAAUCACUUGGCGAUCUCUCUAACUUAGAAGAGCUGACUGUUGAAGACUGUGAUGUUGUCACGAGUUUGGUGACCUGUGAAGACUCUACCGCGUAUGAGAACUCUUGUUUCCUACCCAAGUUGAAGAAGAUGUCACUGCAUUAUUUGCCUCGACUAGUGAGCAUCUCUCAUGGAUUGCGCAUGGCACCAGACCUGGAACUGAUUAGCCUCUGCUAUUGCCCAAUGUUGAGUUUCUCAAUAGAAGAAGUGGGCAAUAAACAUUCGACAAAAAUAAAAGAAGAGGAAUCACUCACGCUAAGCAUUAUAUCAUCUUUUGAGAGCUUGGAAGGCAAGUCUGUUGAAGGUGACAGCUCAAAAGGGAAGUCUGUUCAAAAGGAGAUUAGUCAAAGCAGAGGUUCAGAAGAGAAGUCGAUUGAAGGUGAUGCCGAACCAAGCCAGAGCUCGCAAGGGAUAAUGGAGGAAAAUAUUCGGCUGUCAUCCCAAUUGCCGGUGAAGAUCACCCAUAUCAGGGCUUCUCAGCAACAGAGAUUGACAUCCGUGUCAUCCUUGCUGCCUCGCCUUGCAGAGCAUUCUCUACAGCCACCAGUUCCGGAUGCAAAGUCCAUAGUCAGCAAUGUCGAGGAAUCGGAUGACGGGUACAACUGGAGGAAGUACGGGCAGAAACAAGUGAAAGGGAAGAACCCCCGGAGUUACUACAAGUGCACAUACCCGAAUUGCUCGACAAAGAAGAAGGUUGAAAGGUCCUCAGAAGAUGGGCAGAUUACGGAGAUAGUGUAUAAGGGGACUCAUAACCAUCCCAAGCCUCAGUCAACUAGAAGGAAGGGAUCUCAGGCGAUUCAAGCCCAUGCUCAUACAAGUUCUGAGUUCUCUGAUCAGUCGGUCACCGUGCAAGAGGAUUCUUCGGUCUUGAUGGGCAACGAGGAGUUUGAACAAGUGAGUAAUUCAGUUGGAGAUGACAGUGAAAGCGAAUCCGAGGCCAAGAGAUGGAAGGACGCGAAUGAAUAUAUAAACGUUUCGGGUGCUGUGAAGGAACCCAGAAUCGUGGUCCAAACGACGAGCGAAAUCGACAUCCUGGAUGAUGGGUAUAGAUGGAGAAAAUAUGGGCAGAAAGUUGUCAAAGGAAACCCUAACCCAAGGAGCUACUACAAGUGCACGUACGCUGGCUGCCCCGUGAGGAAACUCGUGGAGAGAGCAGCUCACGAUAUGAGGGCCGUGAUCACGACUUACGAAGGGAAGCAUAACCACGACCCUCCGGUUGGCCGUGGUGGAGGCAGCCAGUCAGUUGACAGGGCUCAGGUUACGGGAGAAAGUCUUCAGCGGAGGAGCGGUGACAUCACGUCAGCACUGCCACUUGGAGGAGUAGCAAACCAAUCAGAAGAAAGUCUUCAGCGGAGCAGUGCCGCCACGUCAGCACUGCCAUCUAGAGGAGUAGCAGACCAAUCAGAAGAAAGUCUUCAGCGGAGCUGUGCCAACACGGCAGCACUGCCACCUGGGGUAGCAAAUCAAUCAGAAAUCAGUGAAAAACUAGUGAAGUCUUAUGAUUCGACCAAAUUAAUGUAAGAUAUUAGUGUUUAGUAUAUUGAAUAAACGCGUACACUAUAUAUAGUGCAAAUGUUAUACUGAUUAAUAAGGACAUUUCCUAUCAAAUGUAAAAAAUCAAAUGUAAUAAAAAUUUUAUCUCAAGAAAUAAUAUCUAAGUUGCACUAUAGA